AUGGCGCGCCGCGAGGACAACGGCGCCGGGCGUGGAGCGGCGCCCCUGGCCUGCCUGCUGCUCUGCAUCCUGUGGACGAUUCCCUGCGCGGCUGUCGCUGGCUUUACCGCAGGAACGCGCCCCGGGCGAACCCUGCUGCAGGCCGGAGACGGCGGCAAUGGCACGCUGGUGUUCGACGGCGCCGACGGCGCGUCGGUAAAUGAGACCGCCGGGCAGCUGGGGGAUGGCCAGACGCUGGUGCUGGAGGUGCCCAGCGUGGCGCUGGAGGGCCCGCUGGCGAUCGGCGGCGAGGACUUGACGCUCAGCGGCCGGCGGGGCGGCGGGGCGAGGACGGAGGUAACCUGCGCGGCGGGCCAGCCCGGUCUGGUCAUCAGCGGAAAAGUGACGAUCAGGGAUCUGUCAAUCAUCGAUUGCACCAUUUCUUCCAGCCUGGUUUUGGCACAGUCAGAGGUGGUGUUCCAAAACGUGCGAUUUAAAGACAACAAAAUGGCUGAUUUUUUGCCACCAGAGUUGGAACAAGGGUUCUUGGACUUUGGUGGAUCUGGAGGCGGUGGUGCCAUUCGUGCAGAUGUAAACACAACAGUGACGGUGGUGGAUUCACAAUUCAUAGCGAAUGAGGCCUCACAAGGUGGGGCUAUUUACACAGCAGGGUCUCUCUUUGUGAAUGGCUCAACUUUCAGAAGGAACGUUGCCACAGCCUCUGGAGGAGGUGCCAUCAAGUCGAAUGCUGAUGCUGCCAACCUUCAGGCCUUGCAACAAAGUCAGGUGUCGCCCGGUGUUGCAUCCAACGAGUUUGUGAUCCGGGGUUGCGUGUUUGAGAAAAACAACGCCCCAAGAGGGAUAGAAACAGAGCCUUUUUUUUCGGCAUCAGGGGCACCGAUUGAGAAGAAUGAUUUCUUUGGCGCUUUUGGCAGCCCGUCCCCAUCGGGUGGUGCUGUUCUCGUUUGGGAUGUGGGUAGAGUUCAGAUCGAGGACUGCAGCUUUGAGAAAAACACAGCAACCACUGGCGGAGCCAUUUAUUUCAUUGUGAGGGACCUGGCCUUGCCGAUUGGAGCACAGCUUGUGCACCGGGUUGAGAAUUGCACCUUCAGUGACAACACAGCAGACUUGAUGGAAGGGCCGUUGGAUGCAAGGAUAAACCAUGGGGGUGCAAUGUUUGUGGUGUCCUUGGACAAAGAGAUAAGGCCCCAGUUAGUGGACUGUCAGUUCAUAUCGAACAAGGCAAAUUAUGGGGGAGCGUUGCACAUUCUGACGUCAUCCCAGAGUGCAAUGCAAGUGUCUGGCUGUGAGUUUGAAGCAAACCAGGCGGAGACUGCAGGUGGUGCAGUGCUGGCCCGAAACAUUGAAAACCUGGCAUGGAAUGCCAGCAAUGUGAUAAGGAAUGAAGCCCAAAUGGGCGGUGGGGUGAUGAUUACGAAUGCUGCAUCGCUCAUGGUCCAGGGUGUGAAUCUGGACGUCAAUGCCACAACUGGAACAGUAUUCAUUCCCCCAGGUGGUGGAACGAAAUCAGUGUUUGAAGGCAACGUGGCAUUUGAUGGUGGUGGGCUCAUGUGCUACGGAUGUGAUUCGAUUUCCAUUCAGUCGGCAGAGUUCCGUAACAAUCGUGCAGCGGGCAAUGGUGGUGGUCUGAGUUUUCUGGACUCCACUCCUACGGGGGCCAUCGAACUUGGCACUGUCACCCUUGAGGGAAACCUUGCGACAUUUGGAGGGGCUGUUUUCCUGGAAAGUGCUUCAAAUUUCAGGAUUCAGGCAGGGAGUGGCAAUGUGCAGCGUACUCUGAUCAGGGGGAACAAAGCAGUGGUUGGAGGAGGCUUGUUCCUGGCGUUGAAGAGUGUUCUCAACAACAAGGUUGAGAUUUUCGACACUGAACUGUCAAACAAUUCAGCCAUUCGUCUUGAACAGCUGGAGGAUGAGCUUGCCAACGAUGACCUGUUUCGGCUUGCCAAUGAAACGAUAAGAGGCAACGUUGGCCAUGACAGGGACAGCGCAGAUUUCUUCACAAACUGUGGGGAGGGUGGUGGCGGAGGGGCCUGCAUUGUGCUCAGUCAACUCCCGCAGCGGGCAGGGGCCGAUGUUUCAGUGCUGCAAUCAGUCGUCACGAACAACAGCGCACUCAAUGGAGGGGGCUUGUUCAUCAGCAUACAUGGAGACACCUGGAGCAGUGCAGCCUGCACCAUUCAAGGGCCUGCAUCGGUCCCUUGCCGCAGCGCACGCUUCCUCAAUGUCAGCGUCACCAACAAUUUUGCGGAAUUUGGAGGGGGUGGAAUGUUUGUAACUGAACCGCAGUCCUUGUUUGCAACAUGCCCUGGUGGCCUGGCUCUUUUGGGGUUGCAAGGCAGCUUCAAGAGUUUGGCCGAUGUCAUCAAUGAAGUGCUCACAGCGAGCCCAUCCGAUCUGCAGAAUGAAGACUUUGUUAUGGAGAACCUUACCUGCCUAGUUUUGGAAGGAAACAGCGUUGGGGACGAAAACGGAUGGGGCAAGCAAGGUGCCUCUCAGGCAACAGCGUUGUUGCUUUUGACUCCCGAAAGUGGUGAAAUCCGGAACCAUACAAGCAAUACUGUCCUUGGCGGAGGUAUGGGUGUAAGUCUUGCGAUCGUGGAUAUGUUUGGGGAGAAGGUGAAGGGCGGCAAUCCAGAUGCAGAGCGACCUGUCAUAGCUGUUUCUGUGUCAGUGACUGGGGAGACCAUCGCGAUGGCCAAAAAUGGUGUGGCCACCUUCACUGGCUUGAUCGGAUUUGAUGAGAGCGGGAAUCGGUCAGUCAUCUUCACCUCCGAGUCUUUGACCUCAACCAGCAUGACUGUAGAGAUACGCAGCUGCCUAGUUGGAGAGGAGGAGGAGAAUGAGGGGAAGGGCUGCCAAAGAUGCCCCAACAAUUUCUACACGUUCAAACCUGAACAGGAGUGCCUGCAGUGCCCAGAGGAAGCUAUUUGCACUGGUGGGGCAACAUUGGCACCUAGAGAUGGCUUCUGGCACUCGACGCCAUACUCUCCAAACAUCCUUGAGUGCAUUGUGAGGGACGCCUGCCAGUACAGGGGCCGUGCCAGCAACUUGACUGCCUUCUACACAAACCUCACAGCCCUAAUGCCCAGCAACUUGACUUUGUCAAAUGAGGAGUACCCGCAGUGUGCGGAGGGGUACAGGGGAGUCCUAUGUGGUUCAUGUCAGCCAAACUAUGGACAUAUCGCAGGGGGCCAGUGUGAAGAGUGUAGCAUGAGCAGGGCAUCCAUUAUUGGCAUCAUCUUCGUUUUCGCUUUUUGGUCCAUGCUCCUGAUCUCCUUUGAAGUCUUCAAUUCAAUCCUCACAAAUCGAGAGAUGGUUCUGGGGGCCAGGAACACCCUCACAGCCAUUCAUGUUCCUCAGCGAAAUGACUCAGUGCCAACAGAUUAUACCCCUAUUCAAGGCGGAAAGUCUGAGCUUGUGUCCUUAUUUGAAAGGACCAGUGCCAAUGGUGGGCUCCGCAGGGCGUCCAGUGAGAAGGUGGUGGGCUCAUUCAGAAAGCCAGAAGAAAGGCUGCCUCCGAUUGUCCCCCUGGAGCCAAGAUCUUUCCAGCGGCAGUCCACACACUUGGAGGAUUUUUGGCGUCGCCAGAAUAACACUUUCCUUCAGUCGCUUCCCCGUGGAGAUAGCAGUCUGCCGGAUGUGGAGGUGGAAGAUAUGACACUGUCAGAGCACAUCGUCGCCGCUGAGAAUUUGACGGAAACCGUGAAG